AUGGCUGCCGCGAACCAAGUUUUUAUUGCCGUCAUCGGCGCCGGCGGCGUCGGCAAGUCCUUCUUGUCGCAGCUCCAGACGCUCGCGACCCGGCGUCCGUCGCCCAAGCUCACGCUCUGCUACAUCUCGACCAGCAAAAAGGCCCUCUUCCACGACGACUAUGCCGAGAUCAGCAUCGACAGCGCCCUUGACACCCUCGCAGCCUCCACCAAGACGCCGCCCGCGCUGGCCCAGGUCAUCGAGUACCUCGCCGCCGCCCCCGCCAGGACCAUCCUCGUCGACAACACCUCGUCCCAGGAUGUCGCCGAUCAGUACCCCCUCGCCCUCUCCCGCGGCGUGAGCAUCGUCACGCCCAACAAAAAGGCCUUUUCCGGCUCCUACCAGCUGUGGAAGGACAUCUUCAUCGCCGCCACCGCGUCGGGUGCCAAGGUCUACCACGAGUCCUCCGUAGGCGCCGGCCUGCCCGUCAUCUCCACCCUCAAGGACCUCGUCGACACCGGCGACAAGGUGACCAAGAUCGAGGGCGUCUUUAGCGGCACCAUGUCGUUCCUCUUCAACUCUUUUGCGCCCACCGAGGGGCAAGGCGGCAAGUGGUCCGACGAGGUGAAGAAGGCCAAGGCCCUCGGCUACACCGAGCCCGACCCCCGCGACGACCUCAACGGCCUCGACGUCGCCCGGAAGCUCACCAUCCUCGCCCGUCUCGCUGGCCUGCCCGUCGAGUCGCCCACCUCAUUCCCCGUCCAGAGCCUCAUCCCCAAGGAGCUCGAGACGUGCACCAGCGGCGACGACUUCCUCGAGAAGCUCCCCGCGUUUGACGCACAGAUGGAAGAGACCAAGGCGGCCGCCGAAAAGGCCGGCAAGGUUGUCCGUUUCGUCGGCAGCAUCGACGUGGCCGCAAACGCCGUCAAGGUCGGCCUGCAAGAGUUUGACCGCUCCCACCCCAUUGCUGCCCUCAAGGGAAGCGACAACAUCAUCAGCUUCUACACGGAGCGGUACGGCAGCAACCCGCUCAUCAUCCAGGGCGCCGGAGCCGGCGGCGAUGUCACUGCCAUGGGCGUGACGGCUGAUCUAAUCAAGGUUAUUUCGCAGUUUCCGUAA